AUCAAGUGUUUAGUUCACCACUCUUCCUUGUACAGGACACAUCAAAUAUCACUUGCGAUUUAUUAACAUUUUUUUUUUCUUCUUCACUCAAUUCGUUGAUUCUCGUUUUUUUUUAUGAGGAAUAAUCUCAAGUAUAAAACUUCAAAUAUUUUUACGUCUUUGUCAACAAAGUCAGGUCUCAAAGAUGUCAUGAUUGCAGGACAAACGCGACCACCAUGUGGAGAAGUCUGCGGAGUGUGGUGGCAACAGGUUUGGGAGGCACCAGAUGUGGAGUAGCAGGUGUGGGAGGUACCAGGUGUGCAGUAGUAUUUGAUGGAAGCAGCGUAAGUGUUGGAGGCAGCAAGUGUGGAGCAAAUGUAGCCAGGUCCUUUCACCUCUCCGUCACUUGUCAAGCCAGCUCAAGAAACAAUCUUAACAAACCGCUGACCGUAGAUGAAAUGACACGUCUAGGAGGCAUCGCUUCCUUCAUGCGGCUACCCGUCCAGAGCGACACGCAAGGUUUGGACGCGUGUUUCGUGGGUGUUCCUCUGGAUAUUGGUGCGUCUAACAGGAGUGGAACACGUCUGGGACCUCGUCAGAUCCGCUGUGAGUCAGUCCUCCUGAAGCCUUACAACUCUGCCACUGGUGCAGCCCCAUACGACUGCCUAAACGUGGCAGACGUCGGUGAUGUAUUCAUUAAUAUCUUCAA